AAGGAGUUCUCGCACAGACGUUGUCGCUAAGCCGUCGAGUAUUGACGGCUGAAGAGUGAACGCAAGAACAUUGAGCCAGAAACUAGGGUUUUGCAGUCGGAGGAGAGAGAAAAUCUUGAGAAACAAUGGCGAAAUUCAACGAAGUACAGAAGAAAAGAAGAGCACUGAUUUCACAGAAUAAGAGAGCGGUGCACGGUGAUCCCUACUCUAAGAAGCUCAAACGCCAGACGCAGCUUCAAUCUGUCUCCGGGAAGCGCAAACAAAAGAACCUCAAAAAAUGGCGCCGGGAUCAAAAGGAGUUGAUAGCGAAGGGUCUUGUUACUUUGGAUGAUGUUGACAUGGCUCCCGCCGAUGGUCCCUCGGAAUCCAAGAAAUCUCCCGCCAAGUUUAACUUGAAGAAAAGUGUAAAGCUUAAGUCCAAACAGAAAAAGAACAAAGGUAAAGGUCGGGGUGUGACUUCUGAUCCUGCAGUUAAGGCUGUUCAAGUUGAAGCCAUGGUAGAGUAAGUGUGCAAGUUUCAGAAAGAAGUGCUGCACAGCAAUCCAGCAUGCUGAAAGCUCUUGCUUACUAGUCCCUUGGGCAUUGCUCAUUACAAAUUUUGUUUAGAUAGAAGGUUAUGGCACAACUCUUUUCCCUUGUAACCUCUUUAAAUUUAACUCGUUCAGUUUGUAAGCUUUCAGAUUAGACGAACAUGGUGAGAAGCAAAAAAUGUAGAUUGCAAAAUUAUUAAGCAUUUUAGUAAUGUACACAAAUUACGCCCCUGUUUUCCUCAAAAAUGCAUUAAGCUUAUAACAUUGGAUUAUUCUUGA